GCGAAGAGUCAGAUCAACGCGGGUCUCGCUCUAGGUUCUGGCCCAGGUCUGCCCCCUCCGGGCUGCGUUCCCUGGAGCCCGAGAUGCACUCCGUGAAGAGGCGAGCGUAGGGCGGCCUGCAGAGCCCCCGCAGCUGGGGGAUCCCGUCCAGCCGGGCUGAGUUUUUUCAGUUAGGACUUCUCCCGCGGCGCCGCAGAAGAGCGGAAAAAGUGGUCACUUCCGCCCGGAGGCGCCCAGGUCCUCAGCCAGGAUGCCUCCCACUCAGGCUGAAAGUGUUAUAAAGAAUAUCAUUCGAGAGAUAGGACAAGAAUGUGCAUCCCAUGGAGAGGUGCCUUCUGAAACUCUGGUUGCUUUUAUGGUGAAAGCUGUUGUCCUGGAUCCCAGUAAUGGCUUUAACAUGGACAGAGUCCUCAUAAAGAGUGAUGUGCAGAAACUCAUUAAGCUUUGUGUGGGUCGACUAUUGGACAGUAAGAAUCCAUCCCUGGACACCAUUAAGAUGCAAGUCUACUUUGAUAUGAAUUAUACAAAUCGAGAGGAAUUUCUUGAAGAACAUCACCGGAUUGUGGAGUCUAAAUUAGGCCUUGUUACCAGAGAAAUUACAGAUAACAGAGCUUGUGCUCGAGACGAAUUGGAAAGCCUCUACCGAAAGAUUGUCAGCUAUGUGUUACUGCGCUCUGGGGUUGGAUCCCCUACAGAUAUCAAGAUUGUCAGAGAGACAACAGCUGCCCUACAGAGUGUUUUUCCUCAGGCUGAACUCGGGACAUUCCUAGCUCUUUCUAAGAAGGAGAAAGAAUGCCACCUGAAAGAACUCUCCAUGAUCGUUACUGGAAUUCGUUUAUUUAACCGAGACACUGGAAAGGGAGGAGAAGGCAUUGAGUACUUGCCAGCUAUUCUACAUGAAGCAAUCCCAGCCACCACUCAGCAUAUUGACUCCCAACUUCAGACUGCCCAAGACCAGGCAUACCGUUACACGGCCAUCCUCGAGAGGGUAACAAAGAACCCACUCAUGAGUACAGAACUGCAGACAUAUAUGUUAAAAGAAGCAGUCUAUAAUGUGCGACAGUAUGAAAUCUUCCUUCAGAUCAUCUUGUCAGAAAUAAUUACUAGUGCUCAAGAAGUGGAAAUGAUGACAAAGCAGUUAGGAGCCCAACUUGAACAAUUGAAAAUGAUUGUGAAUGCAAAGACAGCUGUCCCAACAUCACAAGUCUUUCCCAUCUUCAUUGAACUUUCCAACCUGUGGACUGGCCUUCAGGAUGAAACUGUUUUGAUUGGUAUCCUCACUAAUUUAACUACUAACCUUGAGCGAUUUUUGGGCACUCAUGAAGUGCUCUUUCCUGAAAAAGUAAUACAAGAUCUUCUUGGGGAAGUGACUGUAAAAACUGAUAUGGAUCGAUUGAAAGAACACAUGGAAGAAAGAGUACAAUCGGUGGAUUACAGAAAACAAGAGUGGCUUUUCCCAGAAACAACAGCAAAUUUUGAUAAACUGUUGAUUCAGUAUCGGGGAUUUUGUGGUUAUACAUUUGCUACAACAGAUGGUCUUCUCCUUCCAGGAAAUCCAGCAAUUGGAAUUUUGAAACAUAAAGAAAAGUAUUACACUUUUAAUACCAGAGAUGCUGCAUAUUCAUUUGCAGAAAACCCUGAAAAUUAUAUUGACUUAAUUACUGAAAAGGCCAAAAAAAAUGCAGAAUUAAUUCAGCUACUGGAACUUCAUCAACAGUUUGAAACCCUCAUUCCAUGUUCUGAGAUGAAGGGUGUUAAGAAACAUAUAAAACCAAUUACAAAGAGUGAAACUAGCACACAGACGGAUCUACACAUAUUGCCACCAACAAUUGUGAGAUCAUAUGAAUGGAAUGAAUGGGAAUUAAGAAGAAAAGCUAUAAAAUUGGCCAAUUUGCGUCAAAGAGUUACUCACUCGGUACAAACUGAUCUUAGCCACAUGAGAAGAGAAAAUUUUUCACAGAUGUAUUCUUCAAAGAGUGAGAGCACGCAGUCUAAGAGGGAAGGCAGCACUGGUGUGCCCAGGCCUCAGGUUUACAUAGCUGGUCUCCGCGGUGGUCACACUAAAACCACUCACGCGGUCAAGGUGAACUUAACUAGAGCUGUUGAUGAAACCUAGUUGGAGACCACCAAAUCAUGAACAAUGGCAAGUAUUUAAAAGCAUUUUUGCAUCUGUGAAGUUUAGCUAAUGUUUGGUGCUGGUACGUGCAUUCAUUGGUUGUGUGAAUUUUUUUGAAAAAAAUAAAAAUGGUUUUCCAUGACAUGUAUUUCAUUCUAUUAAAAAUGAAAAGUGAACUUGGUAUGUUCAUCUUUUAUUUGUUAGAAGUUUGGCAGCAUUAAGACUGAAAUCAUGACACCAGUUAGAUAUUAGAAUAAGAUUAUUAUGCUUGGGAUAGAAGUUUAUUUUUAAAAUCAUACAUAGUGUUAAACAUUAAAAAUUUAUUACAUAGUCAAUGUUUUAGCUUCAUCAGCUAUUUAAUGUUCACAUAGAUUAAAUUGAUGUACAGUUGUCCCACCUUAUUCACUGUUUUACUUUCUGUUGGGAACAAGGAAAUUAAGAACUAAAUUUAACCUUAAUAGACAAGAACCA